UGACAAGUUCUAUCUCGCAACAUGGCUAAUUUUUAAUAAGGAUAACAUUAAAGCUUCCACAUGUCAAUGUCUAUAAAUGUAAUAUAAAUGACUCCGGGGUCAAAUAUGCGGCACAUUUAGCUUCUCUAAGCGGUCCGGAGAGUGUGAGCUAAGAAGGAAGUAGUCCUACGUACUCCCACAAGCUUUUUCAUCUUUGUUUUGUAGUUGGCAAACGGGCGAACCGGCAGACACAACGUCACUUCCUCAAGUUAUUUCCAUUUGUUUGUGGCAAACGCCCGCAGUUAUCUAGUAUCUUACACACCAAAGAUAACGUUGCUGUUUUAAUUUGCAGUAUGUCAGAGAAACAGCAGUACCUUUAUUUUCUGUAAACUGCUGUACCCUGAAAUUAUGCAAGAAAAUACUCGCUAUCAAACGUGUUAGCAAAAACAGGAAAACGUGCGUCCGCGAAUAGAAGUAGUUGUUCAGCUAACGUUAGCUAGCUAGUUUACUUUAAUUGGCUAACUAUUGUUAGCUACCUUGUUCGUUGUAUCGUUGGUGUUGUAACGUUAGUGUUGGUGUAACGGUAACUAACUUACCCACAAUUGCACACUGAUGGAGUGCUCUCAUCUGAACUCAAACGUGAGUUGUCCUGUCGAUUCCUCCAGGUUCCCUAACGGUGCACCAUCCUCCUGGUGUUGUAACGUUUGCAGGUCCAAUAAAAGUCCAUGGAUUUGCCUUAGCUGCCUGAUGGUCCAUUGUGGAAGAUAUGUCAAUGGACAUGCAAAGAAACACUUUGAAGAGAGCCAAGUUUCUGGCAUUAGUCAGAAGAAGGGUGAGAAACAGGAGAAAGAGAAAUCCCAUCAUUCUGUCUGCAUGGACUGCAGCAACUACAGUGUGUUCUGUUACAGAUGUGAUGACUUUGUUGUCAAUGACACCAAACCCGGGCAGGUGCAGAAGAUGAGGGAACAUCUUCAGAGUUUAGAAAACUCAGCACUGAUGGGUGACAGACAGAGGAAAAGAAAACUUCAGGAAAGUCCAGCUCCAGACAGCAAGUUGUUGAAAGACAGUGAUGGGGCGGCUGUAGGUGCUACAGGCCUGCGGAACUUGGGCAACACCUGCUUCAUGAAUGCCAUUCUGCAGUCCCUCAGCAACAUUGAGCAGUUCAGCUGUUAUUUCAAGGAGCUGCCUGCAGUGUCUCUACGCAGUGGUAAGACAGCAGGAAGAAGGAUGUACCACACCCGCAGCCAAGGGGACAACAGUGUGUCUUUGGUUGAAGAGUUCAGGAAAACCCUUUGUUCCCUGUGGCAGGGCAGCCAGACCGCCUUCAGCCCUGAUUCCUUAUUUUAUGCUAUUUGGAAGAUCAUGCCAAGUUUCAGGGGCUAUCAGCAGCAGGAUGCCCAUGAGUUCAUGCGCUACCUGCUGGACCACCUCCACAGAGAGCUCCAGUACAGUCGCAACGGUGCGUCUCACCCAGUCUCACCUCAGGAUGGCGUCAGACUCUCCAACACAGAGGGCAAAUGCUGCAUAAAUGGGACUGCAAGUGUUGUCACAUCCAUUUUCGGUGGCAUACUUCAGAAUGAAGUCAACUGCCUGAUAUGUGGCACAGAAUCUCGGAAGUUUGACCCAUUUCUUGAUUUAUCUUUGGACAUUCCCAGUCAGUUCAGACAAAAGAGAAGUAAGGACCAGGAACCAGGGCCAACAUGCACCUUACGUGACUGCUUACGUAGCUUCACUGACCUGGAAGAACUUGAUGAAACUGAGCUGUACUUUUGCCACAAGUGUAAAAAGCGGCAGAAAUCCACUAAGAAGUUCUGGAUCCAGAAGCUGCCAAAGGUUUUGUGUCUCCACCUGAAGAGGUUCCACUGGACAGCCUUUUUGAGAAACAAGGUGGAUACCUAUGUGGAAUUUCCACUGAAAGGCCUGGACAUGAGGGGCUACUUACUUGAGCCAGAGAAUUCAUUACCAGAGAGCUGUCUGUAUGACCUCGCUGCUGUCGUCGUGCAUCACGGCUCUGGGGUUGGAUCAGGGCAUUAUACGGCAUAUGGCAUCCACGAGGGCCGCUGGUACCACUUCAACGACAGCACAGUGACUCUGACCAAUGAGGACACGGUGAGGAAGGCCAAGGCCUACAUCCUCUUCUAUGUGGAGAGGACUGAACAAGUGACCUCAGACAAGACUGCCACGAAAAGCACAGCCACUAGCAAGCCUGCUGUGGACGCAGCAGUAGCAGCAGCAGCAGCCACGGACAGUGUGGCUUCAGAAGUAGUUGCUCAGGACAGGGUUGCAGCAAGCACGGUCUCUACAGACAUGGUUUUAAUGGACGUGGCGGCGUCACACGUGAAUAACCUGGAUGUGGCGGGUCCAGAAAACACUGCGUUGAAAAAUGAGGGUGAAGACAUGGCUGAACCGCAUAACGCUGACACAGCUUCAGUGCAUGCUACAGCAGAUAGGGAUACCUCAGACGAGGCUGCGACAGAGGAAGCCGGCCAAGCUAUACAAGCCGUUGCACAAUGAUUCUGUCAGACUGUCGCAGACCAGCUCGUCACUUCAUUUUGUCCUCACCUCAAUCACAUUUCUCACAGUGCUUGAUUUAGUUAAAGUUCACAUUGUAAUGUAUGUGCAACUGUUUUGUUUUUUUUUUAAUGGCCUGCAUGACAGCAUCGUGUAUAAUUUGCUGCUCGAGUUUUGUUUAGUAUGACUUUUUGCAUUUAUUUUUUUGAUGUUGAGGUAGACUCCUCCUUAUGUAAUAGAUUCCAAAGGUGACUGUUUUAAAAUAAUAAAGUAAAGCUGUAGCCUUUGAAAACCUCACUUGGUCCAAUGUUUAGUGUAGACUGACUAGUGUGUAAACACACUCUCAAUUUAACGAUGUUUAGAUUUUUUUAAAGUUUCCGAUUUUGUAAUUUUCGCCUCUUGAAAACCUGGUAUUUCUGUUUUCCAGUUAUUAGGGAAGAAUUUUAGCAUACAUAAUGCAAUGCAUUUAUUGACUGACAAGUGCUCGCUAGGGCUUUAGAAAAUUCUUAUUGACCAGAACCAGCGUGAAAGAAAUGAUUAUUCUCAAACUGUUCUGUUUGUCUGUGUUGAUGUUGGAGUAUAAUUUAAAGUUUGAUGUUGAUCUGAAAUGGAUGUAGAAACAUGUAUCAGGCGAAGUGAUAAAAUACAAUGGAGAAUCUUUUUUCAAA